CCCCCGUUCUCGUUCUCUAUCUAUAGAAAAGAAAAACCACGCUUCGGCUUUGCCUCUGCUAAAAUCGCACCACCCAAACCCUUUUUCAUUACUUAAACAGAAUAAAUAAAAAAUAAAAAAAUCUCUCUCGCUCCCUUCAAUUUUUACCCGCCCAAAAGGUACCUGUGUUUGAAACGGCGUCGUGGUCAAUGUACUGACUUCCUUACUGUUUAAACAAAUGGAUCCAUCGGCGGUAGAUGAUUGUAAUAAAUCUCUACCGCAAUCGGACGGUGAAACUGAUUUGGUUAGCGAGAAGAGACAAAUGGAGAACGUAGAGAGCGAAGAAUUGGCGGCUAAAAGAGCUAAAAAUGGCGUUGGUGAGAUACGGAAAGUGGCGGAGAUAGUUCUGGUGCUAUCUGCAAUGGCGGGGAUGAGAGGAGGGAAGAAUCCGACGGACGCGGAGGUGAGAUUGAUGGAGGAAGCGAGGGAAAAAUUGGUAGAGAUUUGUCAAGAUUUGUCGCCUAAGGAUUUAGUGGCUAGAGACUCAAUUGGGACUGUUAUUGAGGAUUUAGGGCUUAAUUUUAAGCUUAAAGAUCAACGGUUAGGGUUUCGAGGAUCUAGGCUGUCCAUUAAGGAGAAGCUCUCCCUUUCAAAGAGGAAGAUGGAAGAGUCCAAGAAAUUUGCUGCACCUUCAGCUACAUAUACAACUCAAAUUACGCAACCGAGCUUUGGUGCAAUGCCUGAAAGCCAUGGGCCAUCACAUGCUUUUCGCGUGCUUCCUUCAGAUAAACCAAGUAAUAUAUCAGUAUCUUCUGGAAUCUUUCCAGCUUCUUUGCCUGGCCAUGUUUCAGCAGCAACCCCAGCAUCCUCAACACUUCAACCACUCACUACUGAAGCGAAAAUAUCUGCUGUUUCCAGUGGGUUACCUAGCAGUCAAUUAGGAAGGGAUUUGUCUUCUGUAGCAUUUUCUAAAGUUGAAAAAACACAGUUUAAAGUGGAAGGGGGAUCAAAUGGGGCAUCUUAUGCUCCGCAAGUACCAGCAAAUGCUUCUGCAAAUCAUUCACUGGUUAAUGCUCCAAGUUGGUCUAUGCAACCCCAUUCUGCAUCCUCAGGUAAAUCUGCACCAGAAAACAAUAUGCCAAAUCAUAAUUCUGCCAAGGUUGAGGGAGUUGCUGACUUGGGUCGGACUCGUGCAACUCAAGCAGCGAGAGAUCAAACAUUCAGACCAUUUACACCUCAAACUCCACCUGCAAAUUUGCCAAGCAUACACCCGCCUAUGCAAGGCGUGGAGUAUGUUCAACCUCCAUCGUUUAUCAACAAUCACAAUGAAAUUGCUAAAAUUGUUCAGAAGCUAUUACAGCCGAAGCUUCCUGAAUAUCCCACAUGGAUUCCCCCUUCGAGAGAAUACAUGACUACAGCAAUGACUUGCCAAAUAUGCAAGCUUACUGUCAAUGAGGUGGAAACUGUUGUUCUUUGUGAUGCUUGUGAGAGUGGAUUUCACAUAAAAUGUCGAGAAGCAAUUAAUCAGAAAGGAAUUCCUAGAGGUGAGUGGCACUGCAGGAAUUGCAUGGCAUUAAGCAAUGGGAAGCCUUUGCCCCCUAAAUAUGGCCGUGUCAUGAGAAGUGCAACACCACCAAAAGGGCCUUCUAAUCCAGCUGGAAGUCAUUCAUCAUUAGAGAAGAAAGCUGAAAAUGUAGAUCUAAAGGUCGAUCAACAAAAGUCUACAAAUGGUGUUCAAAAUAAUGCUGGAUCUGGUUCUGUCAACAAUGUUGAAUCAGCAUCUGAUUCAAGGAUUUCUGGUGAAAGAGAAAUGCCAAGAGAUGGUAUCACAUCGAGUGGAAAGGAUGCAGAUCAGAGUACAUGUAGUUUCCCCAACAACUCCACUGAAAGAUCUACACAACAAGAUCAAGUUUCUGAAUCACCUGCACAGGAAAAGAGUUCACUUUCUGAAUCAUCUGAAAAAAUCAGCAAGUGUGAAGAUUCCAAACCCUUGCAUAUCUCACAAGACAUUAUCCAAACAGAACAAUCAAAUUUUCCCAAAGCUCCUUUGACACCUCAUCAGGAUCAUUCAAUCAUGGAAGAGUCAGCUAGUGUAAGAGGAAGUUCUGUACCUAAUAAUAGGGUUGGAAAGCAUCCUGGCUUGUCUUCCAGUGGCAUUCAUAGUGUGGAAUGGAUUGGUAAUGAAAUUAAAGUUGCAGAUGGAAAAACUUUUUACAAGUCCUGUUGCAUUGAUGGAGUAUCGUAUAAAGUGCAGGAUCAUGCCCUUUUUCAUUCCAGUGAUGGAAAAUUAACACCCUCUAAACUUCAGACCAUGUGGGAGGAAAUUGAAACUGGAUCAAAGUGGGUUCUUGUCAGUCAGUGCUACUUUCCUGGUGACUUGCCUGCGGCUGUAGGUCACCCAUGUGCCCCUGAAAGUAAUGAGGUCUAUGAAUCAAAUCAUGAAAGCAGUGUGAUGGCUAGCUUGAUUGAAGGCCCAUGUGAAGUUCUUCCUCCUAACAAGUUUAAGGAAAUGAGUGAAAGACAGAACCGGUUAGCAAUCGAGGCAAAUAAUGGAUCAGCACCUGUUUUCAUAUGCAAAUGGUUUUAUGAUGAAUUGAAAGGGAAUUUUCAACCUGUUUUCCAUUGAUCAGUCAAUAUGCACAUAUAUUGAGACUCUUAGUUGGUACCGGUGCUUCCUUUGAUCAGGCAAUCUACAUCAAAUGGGCCUGCAGGUUGAUGAGUGAGUUUAGUACUCAAUGUACAAUUUGUAGCUCUAGUUCUUUGUAUCAUUAUUUCCAUACUAGUUCAUCAAAAUUUUUAGUUAACCUUUCAUGCUUAUCAGGUAAAUUAUAGAAUGAACGUUCUCCUCUA